AUGAAGGUUGUGGAUCUUAGAUCCGAGCUUGGCGCUCUUGGUUUAGAUACGAAGGGUAACAAGCCGGCAUUAGUAGAACGGUUGAAGAAAGCUCUUGAAGCAAAAACUGGCAAAGUAUUUGCGGACACUUCUGUGCUGGAUACUUCUACUGAGGAAUUGGAUGAGCCAGCAACUCCACGUAAACCUGGGCCUGCUGCUCGUACUACCAGGAGGUCCUCGUCUUCGCGCCUGGUCACCACACCUAUGAAGCAACUUAGAGAAGAACCACCUGAACCAAUAGAGGAGACAAUUAAAGAAGAACCAGAAAAAGAUUAUGACUCUCUACAAAAAGUUGAUACACCAAAGAAUGCUGAAACACCUAAAAAACAAGAAACCACUAAAAAGAUUGAAGAUGAUUCAAAAAUACAAGAUGAUGUUUACUGUAUAGAAGAAAAGAGUAAGUCACCAAUAACAAUUGAGGAUGAAACACCAGAACAAGAUAAAAAUGAAAAUUCAGAAGAGUCAAAUCAAGCCAGUAACACAAUGGACAUUAGUAGUGUAGAUGUCAAAAAUGCAGAUGUUAGUAAUGUAGAUGCUAAUACUGCAGAUGCUGACAACUCAGAUAGCAGUAAGCCUGGUAAUAGAAAUGAUGAAGAGUCUAAUAAUGAAGAGUCCAAUAAUGAAGAUGACAACAAUGAAGAGAACAAUGAGCAUGUUAAAGAAGAUAAUGAAGGAAAAGAACUGGAGAAAAUGGACCACGAUGGUAAUGAUAAAGAUGAUGACAAUAGGAGAUACAGAAGAGACUCUGACCAGAGAAGGGAUAGGGAUAGAGAUCGUGAAAGGGAGCUAACAGAAGAAGAAGAGUGGGCUCUAUUAAAUGAAAGACUCAAGAUACGUGAGCAGGAAAGAUUGGAGAGAGAGAGAAAACAAGCUGAAGAAGAUGCAAAGAGAUUUGAAGAAAUGAGCAAGGAUCCAAUAAAGCUUCAACGUUUAAAGCGCAAGCAGGAGAAGAAAGCCCGUUGGAGUAACUUUUAUAAAACUGUAGCAGUUACCAAUGAAGUAUUGACGCCGCCUGUUGAGGAGGAGAUGAAACUAAACAAGAAGGUGGAAGCUACAACUAAAAUUCCUGAACCGGAAAUUAAUGAUGAAAAAAUCACCCUCUCUUGGUAUGACAGUGACCUGAACCAGUAUCUGGAGGUGCCCGAUUUGAAUGGAGUGAUUCCAUUAACGGAAGGUGCACUGGCACAUGCCUGGGCUGGUGCUCGAGCAUCGCACGGUGUUAAUACUGGAAGGGUCUGCUUCGAGGUGCGUGUUGGGUCUGUAGUGACCACAACAGAAACAUCUGAGAAAGAGGUCAUUAGUAAUGGCUUAAGAAUUGGUUGGUCUUCUGAAGAUUCUACUUUGCAUCUUGGCGAGGGUGAACUGAGCUGGGGCUACGAAAGUACGGGUCGUGCGGUCAAUAAUGGUGAAUACAAAGAGUAUGGGAAGCAAUACUCUGAGAAGGAUGUUAUCGGAGCCUAUCUUGAUCUAGAAUCAAACCCAUGCAAGAUUUCCUACACUUUGAAUGGUAUAGAGCUUGGAGUGGCAUAUGAAUUUGACAAGGAGGCUAUGGGUGGAAAAACAAUUUUCCCUCAUGUCCUCACUAAAAAUACCUGCUACAAAAUUAACUUGGGAUAUGAUAAAUACAAUAUGUUGACAAGAACAAAGAUUGUUCGCAAUCGUAUCGAGGUCCCGAUCGAGCAGAUCAUAGAGGAGAAGAAAGCGCGGGAAGCUGAAAUCAAGCGUCAAAAAGAUGAAGCUAUCAGGCGUAACAAGGAAAGAAAAGAAAAGGAACGAAGGGAGAGAGAAGAGCGGCAGAAAAAGAAGAGGGAGGAAAGGGAGAAAUUGAUCCGUGAACGAAAAGAAAAGGAAGAGCAAGAAAAGAAGGAGAGGGAAGAACAAGAGUCGGAGACAGAUGGAGAUAAAGUGGUGGAAGAUGCUGAUAAACAGGUAGAAAAAACUGAUGAUGUGGAAAUGCAAUCUGAAGAAAAACAAGCUCAGGAGAAUGGAAAUCCAGAACCAAAACCUGUGGCUAUGGAGACAGAGGACUCAAACGACCUACAGCAGAAAAAGGAUGAAGAGAAAGAAAAAGAAGCGGAAAUAGAGAAAGACAAAGAAAUGGAGCAAGAAAAGGACAAGGAAGAUGAAAAGGAAACUCCAACGGUGAAAGAAGAACCCGUCAAUGAAAACCAAGAACAGGAAGAUGAUUUACUCAAAGGCCUGCUUUUAGACAAGAAAAUGAAGACUGUUAUCAGGUACGCCGUGGAGGAGGAGCUGGACGGCGCCGAGGCGUGCCUGGUGCCCGGCUUCGUGCUGGUCGCGCUGGCCGAGCUGCGGCCGGGCCCGCGCGCGCCCCCCGCCAGGGCCCUCUGCGAGGUCAUCCUUAUGGUGGGGAUGCCCGGUUCGGGCAAAACUUACUGGGCGAAGCAGCACUCCGCCUCUAAUCCGGAUAAGCGGUACAACAUCCUGUCGACGGGCGCCCUCUUCGACAAGAUGAAGGUGGACUGUAAACCUUUCCGGGCGAGCUACGAGGGCCGUUGGGACGCGAUGGUGACCAAGUGCGCCAAAUGCGUGCUUAAAUUGUUGGAAAUCGCCAAGGGACGCAGGAGGAAUUUUAUCCUCGACCAGACGAACGUAUACCCGUCGGCUCAGAGGCGCAAGUUGAGGGAAUUCGACGGUUACCGGCGUGUCGCCGUAGUGAUUGUCACUGACGAGGAAACUUACCGGGAGCGACAGAAACGGCGGGAGGAGGCCGACGGCAAGGAAGUGCCUGACGGGGCUAUCGUGGACAUGAAAGCCAACUUCACCCUGCCGGAGAAGGGGCCCUGGCUCGACGACGUGAUCUAUCCCGAGCUGCCGGAGGAGGAGGCGAGGAAGAUCGUAGAGGCGUUCCACAAGGAGGCCAAGGCCGCCGGCGUGGUGAGGGACAGGGAGAAGAGGGACCGCUCCGCGAGCAGGGACGCCCCGCCCAGCAAGAGGCCGCGCGACGGCGACAAGCGCUACGGCGGCCGCGACGACAACAGGCGCCCACGCGACUUUGGCCGCGACAGGGAGGACCGAUGGGGGGGCGGCGGCGGCGGUCGUGGAGGCGGUGGGGGCGGAGGCGGAGGCGCCGGCCGCUGGGGCCCGGCGGCGCGCGGCGGCCGCUGGGGGCCCAGGGAGCGCGGCGGCGGAGGGGGCGGAAUCCACGGAGGGGCGCCCCCGGGACGCUUCGACCGCCCGUGGGGCCCCCCGCACAACAAUCGCAACGAGUUCGGCGGUCGCAACGACUUCGGCAACGAGCACCGCGACAACUUCCGCGGGGGCCGCGGCGGGCACGGCGGGCCGGGCGGCGCGCGGGGCCCGGGCGGGCCGGGGCCGCACGGGGGCCCCGGCGGGCCAGGGGGCCCGGGCGGGCCGCCCAUGCGCGGCGACCGCGGCCCCAGGCCGCCCCAGAUGGGCGACGGCUCGCGCUUCAGCCGCGACCGCCCCAACAACAGGGGCCCGCCGCAGCCGGACAAGCGGCCGAUGCCUGUAGGCGGCAAUCUCGGUGGCGGUGUCGGCGCCGGUGCUGGGGGCGGGAGCGGGGGCGGAAUGGGCUCUUGGCAGCGCGGCGGCUCGGCCAACCAGCAGGCCAACCGGGGGCCCAACAGGGGUCCCCAGGGGCCCGCGGGCAUGCAGGGGAUGCAGGGCGCCCAGGGCCCGCAAGGCGUCGCAGGGCCCCUGGCCAACCAGGCGCGGCCUCCCCCAGCCCAGGGAUCCAAGGAAAUUGCAAACCCGAGCCAGAACCAAACUCAGAGCCAGAACCAGAAUGCGCAAAAUGCCAACCAGGCUGGUUGGAACCAGUGGGCCAGCGGCUGGGGUGGAUGGGGGGGCAACUGGAACCAAAAUCAAGCAGGCUGGGGCAACUGGGGUAACUGGGGCUGGGGCAACCCAGCAGCGCAACAAGGCAACAACCAACAAUCUGGUGGUAGCGGUCAGACUCAGAGUGCUGGCGGCAAAGGCAACCAGGCCCAGGGCCAGAACCAAACUCAGACGGGUCAGAAUCAACAGUGGCCAAACAAUUACACCGCCCAGCAAUGGUACCAGUGGCAACAAUGGCAACAGCAACAGCAAGGAUGGCCUGGGUACCAACAGUCGCAAGGCAAUCAGCAGACUGGCAACAUGGAUCAGCAAGCUUGGGCACAGUACUAUCAGAACUACGGCGGAGCGAAUGCCGGCGCAGUGACCGGCGUCCCAGCGCCCACCGAGAAGAAG